AAAAGGAAAGGAUGGAUAGUAACAUCCAUCUCGGUAGUUUGAUAAGUCGGCAUGAUGAUGAAGCCACAAGAACAUCCACCUCAGAAGGGCUGGAGGAGGGGGAAGUGGAAGGAGAGACUCUCCUGAUUGUGGAGUCAGAAGAUCAAGCAUCUGUGGACUUGUCCCAUGACCAGAGCGGGGAUUCCCUCAACAGCGAUGAAGGUGAUGUGUCGUGGUUGGAAGAGCAGCUGUCAUACUUCUGUGACAAGUGCCAGAAGUGGAUCCCAGCCAGUCAGCUGAGGGAACAGCUCAGUUACCUGAAGGGUGAUAACUUUUUUAGAUUGACUUGUUCUGAUUGCUCAGAAGAUGGGAAAGAACAUUAUGAAAGGUUGAAGCUCACAUGGCAGCAAGUCGUGAUGUUGGCAAUGUACAACUUGUCUCUGGAAGGCAGCGGCCGCCAAGGUUAUUUCCGGUGGAAAGAAGAUAUCUGCGCUUUUAUUGAGAAACAUUGGACUUUCUUACUAGGGAAUAGAAAGAAGACAUCAACUUGGUGGAGUACAGUAGCGGGUUGCCUCAGUGUGGGAAGUCCAAUGUACUUCCGCUCAGGGGCUCAGGAAUUUGGAGAACCGGGAUGGUGGAAACUUGUUCAUAAUAGGCCCCCAACGAUGAAGCCAGAAGGAGAAAAAUUGUCAUCCUCGACUUUGAAAGUCAAAGCCUCCAAGCCAAGUUUGGACCCCAUCAUUACUGUGGAGGGACUUAGAAAGCGGGCGAGUCGGAACCCUGUGGAGUCUGCCAUGGAGUUAAAAGAGAAAAGGUCUCGGACCCAGGAAGCCAAAGACAUCCGGCGAGCUCAGAAGGAAGCGGCAGGCUUUCUGGACCGGAGCACAUCUUCCACCCCGGUCAAGUUCAUCAGCCGUAGCCGCCGGCCCGAUUCUGUACUCGAGAAAGGGGAAAUCAUUGACUUUUCUUCACUGAGCUCCUCCGACAGAACCCCGCUGACCAGCCCAUCUCCUUCUCCCUCUCUGGACUUCUCAGCCCCUGGCACCCCAGCCUCGCACUCUGCCACACCCAGCUUGCUCUCAGAAGCAGACCUGAUCCCCGACGUAAUGCCUCCACAAGCCUUGUUCCAUGAUGACGAUGAGAUGGAAGGUGACGGAGUCAUAGACCCAGGGAUGGAAUAUAUCCCACCCUCAGUGGGGUCCACCAUGCUGGGGACAGGAAUUGGAGGCCGUAAGAAGGUGAGAGCCCCAGAGCAGAUCAAACAGGAAGUAGAGAGUGAGGAGGAGAAACCCGAUGGGAUGGACAUCGACAGCGAAGACUCGGACUCCAAUACGUCCCUGCAGACAAGGCCUCGAGAUAAGAGGAAGGCCCAGCUGGAGAAGGAUAGGAAACCCAAGGGGCCCAAGUACUCAGCUGUGAGUAUCUAUGAGGAGAAACUGCUUCUGAAGAGGCUGGAGGCUUGUCCCAGUGCCGUGGCCAUGACCCCAGAAGCUCGUAGACUGAAGCGGAAGCUGAUCGUCAGACAAGCCAAACGGGACCGAGGAUUGCCCCUUUUUGACCUAGAUCAGGUGGUCAAUGCUGCACUCCUGUUGGUGGAUGGGUUCUACGGAGCCAAGGAAGGAGCAGCCCGGCUUCCCCCAGGGCAGGCCACCUACAGGACAACGUGUCAGGAUUUCAGAAUCCUCGACCGGUACCAGACUGCUUUACCUUCCAGGAAAGGAUUUCGGCAUCAGACCACUAAGUUUUUGUAUCGUUUGGUGGGGUCAGAAGAUUUGGCUGUGGACCAGAGCAUUGUCAGCCCAUACACCUCCCGGAUCCUGAAGCCUUACAUCAGGCGUGACUAUGAAACGAAGCCACCCAAAUUGCAGCUCCUGUCACAGAUCCGUUCCCACCUGUACAAGAAUGACCUUCACUGGACGCCAGAGCCUGAGGCACCUCUCGACUACUGCUAUGUUCGGCCAAAUCACAUCCCUACGAUAAACUCUAUGUGUCAGGAGUUUUUCUGGCCGGGCAUUGACCUGUCUGAGUGCCUACAGUAUCCGGACUUCAGCGUUGUUGUCCUCUAUAAGAAGGUCAUCAUUGCCUUUGGCUUCAUGGUUCCUGACGUCAAGUAUAAUGAAGCUUAUAUUUCUUUCCUCUUUGUCCAUCCUGAGUGGAGAAGAGCUGGGAUUGCAACCUUCAUGAUUUACCACCUCAUUCAGACCUGCAUGGGCAAGGAUGUGACCCUUCACGUCUCAGCAAGCAACCCUGCUAUGCUGCUGUACCAGAAGUUUGGAUUCAAGACUGAAGAAUAUGUCUUAGAUUUUUAUGAUAAAUAUUACCCCUUGGAGAGUACAGAGUGCAAACAUGCUUUCUUUCUGAGGCUCCGACGCUGACUGUGAAGACAAGCCCUUAAUGGAGCGGCCCUUAGAGAAUGGUCUCUGUGUAGACCUGAGAGUGAUUGUGCAUUUCACUGUGGAUUCUGAUUUUGGCUGCCACGAGAUGUUUUUUCAGAGCUUUCAGCUGAGGUGAGAAAAGCAGUGAUGAACUGUGAGCA